AUCAAUCCUUCCAAGAAGCGAACCCGCUAUUCGAUUUCGUUCGAUCCCAAACGGCGCUCUUUCGUCCUAACUUACCAACUGGAAGAGCACUCCGCCGAGUACGAACAGUUAGGGUUUCUUUUGCUUUUUAUUCUUUUUGCCUAUAGAGUUCAAUAUCGAAGAACCAUGUCCGGACUCCACCGAUCCUCUAGUGCUCCCAUGAAGAAGGGCCUUCCUCCCAAGGAGCUCCUCGACGAUCUCUGCAGUCGGUUUGUUUUAAAUGUGCCAAAAGAAGAUCUCGAGUCAUUUGAAAGGAUUUUAUUUCUUGUGGAGAAUGCACAUUGGUUCUAUGAAGACAACUCAGUGGAAAGAGAUCCAUCACUGAAGUCAUUAACUCUGAAGGAAUUCACUUCUCUAAUAUUCAACAGUUGUGAUGUCUUAAAACCUUAUGUUCCCCAUUUGGAUGACAUAUUUAAGGACUUCACUUCCUACAAGGUCCGAGUUCCUGUAACUGGGGCAAUAAUUUUGGAUGAGACAUUUGAACGGUGUCUGCUAGUGAAAGGUUGGAAAGGGCCAAGCUGGAGUUUUCCACGCGGCAAAAGGAACAAAGACGAGGAAGACCAUGCAUGCGCCAUCAGAGAAGUUCUGGAGGAAACAGGUUUUGAAGCUUCUAAACUUCUUAACAAAGCUGAAUACAUUGAAAAGAUUUUUGGACAGCAAAGGGUGCGGCUCUACAUAAUUGCUGGUGUGAAGGAUGAUACCGUCUUUGCUCCACUUACCAAAAAAGAGAUUAGCGAAAUUGCAUGGCAACGGCUUGAUGAACUUCUGCCAGCAAGUGAUGAUGUGAUAUCACGCGCGAUCAGCGGCCUCAAGCUUUACAUGGUGGCCCCUUUCCUGGCUUCUUUGAAAUCAUGGAUUUCAGCACAUCAGCCCCCCUUGGCUCCAAAAUCAGAUAUGCCUCUCAAAGGGAUUUGUGUCUGGAAAGCGAAGAACAGUUCGACAGGGAAUAAUGGCAGCACAAUGAUAAUGGAGGGCCAGUCCAAUAAAUGUGAGGCUGAUGGUCAUCCUCCUGACACGGGACCUGGUAGCAGCUUCAGAAACUUCAGAUUUGAUAUUGGACCGAUCUUGCAAACAAUGGAAGCCGCUUUCUCUGCUGUAAGGCCAAACUGACUUGGUUUUGUAAAAUUGUUCAAGUUCACAUUCCUGAUCUGUGUCUCCAUUAAACACAUUAAGGCACCCAAACCGAAAAAAAAAAAAAAAAAAAAAAAAAAAAAUCCAAAGAACCAAAUCCUUUUUUAGUGCCGGCUUGGUAGCUGAUUCCUGAGGGUGUUAUGCCUUUUCGUUUCGUCUGGUCUGAUUGGCUGGUUUGAGUCAAAUGUACAGUGUACAGAAAAGUCUGGCGGAGAUGGGUGUUUCACUUUUUUAGUCUCUGUUAUUAGAAGUUGGGCACCACUUGUAAGUCCAUGCUCGAGUGCGAGUAUGUCUAUAUCUUUUUCUCCCGGUGUGGGUUUCUCUAGUCUUUCGGAUGUGUAUUUGCUCAACUUUUUGCUAAUGCCAUCUAUUUUGUUUUCAAUUAUUUUAA